AUGAGCUGCAGCGCCGUCAUAGAAACAAACUGUGGUCUUGAUUUGAAAACGCAAGAAGCCGCACUUCGUUCUGGGCCGGAUGUGGUCGUCGCUACUCCAGGACGACUCAUUGAUACAUAUUUGCACAAUUUCACCAUCUUUAUCUCUGCAAUAAUAGUGAGACGAUUAAUCCUUUCUCAUGGUCCUCUUUCGGCCUUGAUAUUUUCAAGGCCUAUUCCCACUGAGGAUGUAGGCAGAGUGCGCCGGGCUGACUUCAAGCAGUCAACAUGCCCCUCAUUGGCUGUGCAUGAGGUUCUUGUUUUGGAUGAGGCCGAUCGCAUGCUUGAAGAAGCGUUCAAAGACCAAAUGAAUGAGCUUAUUCGACUUUGUGCACCUAAUCGCCAGACUUUGCUGUUUUCAGCAACAAUGACCGACCAAAUUGACGAAUUGGCGUCGAUGUCGCUAAAGAAACCAGUGAAGAUUUUCAUCAACGAGAACACCGAAACGGCUCUGAAACUGAGACAGGAAUUUAUUCGUAUACGCGCAGGACGUGAAACAGACCGUGAAGCGAUCGUUUCAGCCCUCGUUACAAGAACCUUCCAGGAGAACACCAUUAUUUUCGUUCGAAUGAAGAAGGAUUGCCAACGCCUUCAUAUACUGCUCGGUUUACUUGGGCUGAAGGCUGGACAGAUGCAUUCGUCACUAUCUCAAGCACAGCGUAUUGAAGCGUUGUCGAAAUUCAAGCGGCGCGAGGUAAGCAUUAUAAAUUAA